AUGUCUUCUAACGGCUUUGAAAAGCCUAUACCCAUAGAAUUCAAGUUCAAAGAUAUACAAUUGGCCACCAACAAUUUUGCGGCAGAAAAUCUGAUAGUAGAAACUAGUAAUUCAAAGGUUUACAAAGUGCAACGUUUGCGAUCAGAAGAGGAUGAAGAAGUGGAGCUUAUCAAUGUCCUGGUCCACGUGCUAAAGUGCGCUCUUACAGAUGAAGCUAUGCUUGGACUGCCUGAAGUAUUUGUCCCUAUGAUAUCAGAAAAUAAUAAUAUAAUUUCUUUCAUUGGGGUUUGUGGGGAGGUGAAGGAUGAAAAUUUGUUGUUUACGAUGAUGGUCACUAAGGAUGAAGCUAAUGGAAGUCUAGAUAAACAUUUAAGUAGCCAAACCCUUACUUGGAUUCAAAGAUUGCGAAUAUGUGUUGGCGUUGCACGUGCAAUACGGUACCUUCAUCAUGGUGUGGAUGAUAAGAUAGGUAUGGAUGUGAUACAUGGUAACAUCAAAAGUUCCAGAAUAUUAUUAGAUGAUAAUUGGGAACCUAAAUUAUUUGGUUUUGAUUUCUCCGUUUAUGCUGUACCAACUCAGCAACUUGUACGAAUAAGUGAAUAUAGAGGUGCAUUACAGUAUAUGGAUCCAGCAUUUGAGAAGACAGGGGGCAUAAAUCACAAGUCAGACGUUUUCUCCUUCGGGGUUGUUUUAUUUGAAGUCUUGUUUGGGCAGAAAGCAAGUAUUCAGAAUGAGAAUAAAUGGUAUUUUGCUGAUUUGGCAAGACACCAUUACGAAGAGAAAACAUUGGAUAAAAUGAUCGAUCCGGAUCUAAGACAACAAAUGGACUCACAAUCAUUACACAUCUUCUCUGAAGCAGCAUAUUGGUGUUUAAAAGAGAAGCGAGAACAACGUUUAAAUACAAGUCAACUCAUUAAAAAGCUUGAGAAAGCCUUGGAGCAUCAGCUUAAACAUGAACUGGCACCAAUCGCAGGUAUGGAUACAUCGAUUGACUACUGGAAGGGAAAAAACUUGGACCACCUUAGGAUCCAACUUAGUGAUAUAAAGUUGGCAACUAGGAACUUUGCGGAAACAAACCUUAUUGGUUCGGGUGGAUAUGGUAUGGUGUACCGAGCAGAACUCGAUCAUUAUGAUAGUAGAAAUUCCAUAUAUAGAGAAGAGAAGGAUAGAGAUGUAUGGCCAAAAAUGCGUAGCAUUGUAGCUAUUAAACGUAUCCUAGACGCAAAAGGAAAGCAAGGAUUCUAUGAAGAAAUUGAAACGCUUACUAACUGUAAGCAUCAAAACAUAGUCUCUCUUCUUGGCUUUUGUGACGAAGAUCCUCAUAUGAUCCUUGUUUAUGAGCUUGUCUCAAAUGGAAGCCUUGAAGAUUAUUUGGAAAGCACAACUAACUCCAUCUAUCUUACAUGGGCUCAAUGUAUACAUAUAUGCCUUGAUAUUGCUCGUGGACUGGAUUAUCUUCAUAGCAGCACAAAGGACAAACCAACCAUUUUACAUCGAGAUAUAAAGAGUGCGAACGUUCUAUUGGACAACAACUGGAAUGCAAAGAUCGCUGACUUCGGGUUGUCAAAACGACGCCCUAUGAAUCAAAAAAGAAGCACCAUCAUGACUAAUAUGUUAGCUGGCACAGAAGGGUAUAUAGAUCCUGAAUAUAAGGCGACGGGUAAGUUGAAGAAAGAAUCUGAUAUAUACUCUUUUGGUAUAGUAUUAUUUGAAAUAAUGAGUGGGAGGUUGGCAUAUGAUAAAUCUUUCUAUGUCGGCGAAGAAAAGGGGAUUCCAUCUCUUGCACGACGACUCUUUUGUGAGGGAAAGUUAAAAGAGAUGGUAGAUCCUAAUUUAAAGCAAGCUUAUGGAAAUAUCUUUAUGAUAAAUAGAGGACUCGAUCAAAAUUCUUUGGACACGUUUUCAAAAAUAGCAUAUCAAUGUAUAGAAGAAUCUCAAUCUAAGCGUCCAACAAUGGGAACUGUCAUCAGUGAACUUGAAAAAGCAUUAUCCUACGAAGAAAACCACAAGGACAAGCUGAAUAUUUCUAUUGAAGACAUCAAAUUGGCAACACAAAACUUCAACGAUAUGAAUUAUGUGGGAAGUGGAAGAUACUGGAAGGCAUACAAGGGGGAAGUUUCACAUGCUAAUGAUGAUGGACAUACAACUGUUAUUGUAAAGCGUUGCGAUACUCAGUAUGAUAAAAAAGACCAUCAAUUUUUGUGUGAACUUGAUAUUCUUUUCAAGUUUAAGCACAUAAAUAUCAUUGAUGUUGUGGGCUAUUGUAACGAAAUGGAUGAGAGAAUUGUUGUUUAUGAGAAUCUGUCUAAAGGGAGUCUUGAUAAGUAUUUAAAUGAUGCUAGUCUUACAUGGAUGAAACGCCUAAAGAUAUGCAUCGAUGUUGCAAGGGGAAUAGAGUUUUUACAUAAAGGUAAAGCUGAUGAAAUGGGCGACGUGGUGAUACAUGGGAGAAUCAAAAGUGCCAACAUUCUAGUAGAUGGCGAUUGGAACGCAAAAAUUUCUAAUUUCGACAUGUCCUCAACAUUUCCACAGAGUAAGGAAUUUGUUGAUUUCAUCAAUGAUGAUAAUGAAACAUUGGGUUACCUCGACCCCCGGGAGAUGGGGCAAUCUUUAGUAUAUCCCCAUUCGGAUAUAUAUUCAAUGGGUGUGGUUUUAUAUGAGAUUUUAUGUGGGAGAUUGGCAUGGCAAGAGAAGUGUGAGGAUCACUCCCAAUCUUUAGGCCCUUUGGCUAAAUGUUGCUAUGAUGAAGGAAAACUUGAUCAGAUGGUGUUUGAGGGCAUAAAGGAACAAAUUGUACCCAAAUCAUUGACUACAUUUGAGCUGAUUGCAUACAAAUGCUUAAAUGAAGAUGAAUUCCGACCGGAUGCAUCCAAGGUGGUAGUGGAGCUUGAGAAGGCAUUGGAAUUUCAGGAGGAUUUUGAAAUAUGGAAGACCAAACUUCCUAAAGAUUACAAAGAAAUACUUGAAAUGUCAAAAGUCUCGAGUAACUACUCUGACAAAAGCAAUAAGGAGCUCUAUGACAUGCUAAAAAAUGGAAUCCUCAUUCAAGAGAACAAUGUGUGGUUUUCACUCGGUGAGAAUGGAGAAGGAAAUGAAAUGAUAUCAGCAACAAAAUUUUGGUAUAAAAGGCGGUGGUCACGUAAAUGGCGAAAUGUUCCAGAAUCAAGGUUCCCAAAAGUAGCGGAGGUGCUCGACGUUUCGAAUUUAAUGAUUCAUAUCAACAUAAAAGCUCAGUAUUUAUCUCCUGGUGUCAAUUACAGGGUUCAGUUCAUCUUCAGAUUUUGUAAUUUGACAGAAUCUAAAGCUAAACGGAUGCAUGUGAAUUUGAAGUACAAAAGGGGGAAUGAAACCUUACAUGCAUAUUUUGCAACAUGGAGAGAUGAUGGGUGGAUGACGAUUGAAUUAUGUCAGUUCUUGUAUCGUGAAAAUGAUAACGAUUUUGAGGUUCUUCUAGAAAGCUUUUCACGAUGCUAUUGUGGAAGUAACAACGUAUAUGUUGAAGGAAUUGAGUUUCAAGCCAUUAACAAUGCGCUACAUGAAAAAUUGGAAGGAAGGUUAAAUGAAAUCGAAGCAAUUGACAUUGCUAGCUUUGAAGUAUUAAAAAAUGAAGAAAUCAAGAAGGCAGAGGAAGUAUAUGAAGUAAAUGUGAAAAAUGAAAUGAAUAACUUAAUCCAAUUAAAGCAACUCCAGAAAUCAAACAGAAAGAGAGAUAAGAUGCGGUACUUGCUUAGCAAAAUGAAUAUGCCAAGUGAAGUGAACACAAAAGAGGAUCUUGUAAGUAUAGCGAACACAACAAAAAAUUAUCUGGUAGAUAAAGUAAACACAAAGAAAUACCAUAUUCUGGAUAAAGUGAAAAGAAAGAAGGAACAUAUGGUAAACAAAGUGAAAGAUCAUUUGGGUUAUAACUUGCCAUUACCGCAAUCAAGGGUUGAAACUGAGUAUAAAGAAUUGAAUAAGCGAUCUGAAAACUAUGACGACAGUGAAGAGUCAAUCUUACUAGGCAACGUGAACGACAAGAAGCAUCUUAUGCUAUCUGCGAAGGAGGUUCUGCACAACUAUACAAAAGUAAAACUUAUUCAUUUGAAAGCCUCAUCCCGAUCCAGAUUUCAAGAGGUGGUUGAGCUGCCGUCACAACAAGUACUCCGUAUCAAGUGCAGGAUUGAAAGUCAAAUAUUGCAACCUAAUACAGAAUAUGCAUGUUAUCUUGUGUUCAAGUUUUCAGAAAAGUGUUUUGGGCUCCAUUGUCCGGUGAUAGUACGAGAUCUAUACUACUGGAGAAACAAAGAAGCUGGAAUCGUUUACUUUAAAUCCCCUAGCUAUUGGAAUUUACAUGAUUUUGUUCCGCUAAAGAGGGAAGAUGGAUGGAUGGAGGUAAUUGUUUGGAAAUUUAAUUCAACUUUGAGACUUCGAGGUAAUUUUGUUCCUGUUCAUUUGAAGAUGAUAACAUAUGAAGGAACUUUGUCCGGCCUUAUUUUAUGUGGCAUGGAGAUUCGGGCAAUCUGAGAAAACAUUAACCAUGAGGUUGUCCUUGUAUCCAUUUCUUAUGCAAGUAUGUACCUGUAUUUAUAAAACUUAUGUAAAUCACAGUGCUCCAUCUUUAACAAUCCA